GUCGAUGCCUUAUGAUUCCGAUCCAUCGAGCGUUCAUUCCACCAACGAACAAAAAGGAAUUUAUAAAGAGGAGAAGAGAGGAGAGGAGAGCCGAUUCGCUCAAUUUUCUGGAAGAAUUGUUCAUUUCAGCUGCUUCUUCGGUGUUAGAUCCGAUCCUUGAAACCUCGCGUUCCCGAGAAGUUCCUCUUUUAUGAUGCGCUGGUCUUCUCCGUACCUCGGAUCAAGAAUUCGAUCCUGGCUUCGCGACUACGACUGCCUGCAAUUCGUCGCUGUUGUUCUCAUCUACAUCCAGAUCGGUUGCGCUCUGGUGGGAUCGCUUGGCGCAUUGUUCAAUGGCGUUUUGCUGAUCAAUCUGGUGGUGGCCCUCUUUGCGCUCGUUGCAAUUGAGAGCAGUAGCCAGAGCCUGGGAAGGACUUAUGCUGUGCUUCUCUUCUUCUCUAUUGUUCUUGACAUUGCCUGGUUCAUGUUUUUCUCGCACACUAUAUGGAACUUCAAUCCCGAUCAGAAGUUUGGGCCAGUAUUUGUCUUCUCAAUCAAACUUGCAUGGUUGAUGGAAAUCAUUGGCUUUUCAGUGAGGUUUUUGUCCUCAUUUUUAUGGGUUCAAAUGUACAGAUUGGGGAUUUCAACAAUGGACAAUACGACAUACUGUGCAGAUUAUAAUGUUAGAGAUAGCUUUGUGAACCCUCCAACAAAUGAAGUAGCUAGGCAGACCUCCAAUUCUGAUGAGAUUUUGGGAGGUUCUGUUUAUGAUCCAACCUAUUAUUCCUCCCUCUUUGAAGAUAUUCAAGAGACACAACACAUGACUGAGGGCAGGAAACAGAUUCUUUACAAUGGUAACUCAUCUUUGGUAGUUGAAUCUCCAAAACUCAAGUCAUUUGUGAGUAAACUUUUUCAGGUGAGCUGUCGCCUAUGUAGACAAGAUCGUUGAACACCAAUGAGAGCUGACCACCUGGAAAGAUUGCCAAGCUAGAAAGAGAGAGAAAGAAAUUGUAAAGAGAGUUAGAAUGGAGGCUAGGGAUGUCUUGGCUCAGCCACUCCGACGGUCAAGUUAGUCUUUGACGGAGAGAUGAGAAGAUGAAUAGUAGAUGAGUGUAUAUAGUUUUAUGUAAAAGAUACACUUACCUUAGCUCACGAGAGCGGACUCCUUUUAUAAUCUGAAGGAGUGGGAUGUCACAUUUACAGUAAAGAAAGUGUCAUGUUGUCAUAUCAGGGGUUAUAUCAACUAUGUCUUGUACUGUAGAAGAUCGUAUGGGAUCACACUAUGUCAAUCAUGUUGUUCCACGUGUCAUGUCAGCUCUUUUGUUGUACCACGUGCUAUUGAACAACUAAGUAAUUGAGUCGGAGGGAGAAGCUUCGGGUCAGUGGAGUCGAAUGGAUGAAGAUUGACGGUUCGGUCGAUGGGACCGAAUGAUGAGGAGCUGAGCUGUAGAAGUUGGCCAAGUCGAGUUCCUGGUAUAGGAAUAUGCUGAACUGAAGGAAUCGAGGAAUCCAAGCUUGAGGAGUCAGAAAAAAUGGAGUUGAAUCCUCGGAUGUUGUAGUUGAGCGUACUGUAGGAGUUGGCAAAGCUAAGCCUCGAAUGCCAAAGUCGAGUAGACUAAACUUGGGGAGUCGGGGGUCAUUGACUUCCACCUAUGCUUGACCACCGUGGUGGAAAGCAGAAACUAUCAUAUUUGGGGAUCAAACAUGUACGGGAAUGACUGUUGAGGCGACAGAUGAGGCUGCUCCGCUGAGGAAGGACAAUAGCCCGGUGGCACUUCCGGGCUCUUGCUUGUCGAGGAACCUCCUAGAUGCAGAAGGCCCUGUGGACGGUGACUAUAUCGGCGCCAAUCACGAGGGCGGAGACGAUGACGGAUCCAACAUAGGUGAGGAAGAUGACGAGACCCGAGAGGAGGGAGAAAGGGUUGGUGACAAGUGAAACGGCAAGGACAACAAUGUUCGCCGUGGCGUAAUUGACGCGGAAGAGACCAAGUUCUUGCGGAUGCGGGAGGUGGCCUCGGAGAAGAACUCCGGGCAAGAGAAGGUGGAGCAAUCGGUGAGCUCGAACCAGGGGUGACGGACGGAGUUGUUGAGGCAUGAAAGGAAGACACGAAAGGUAGGGGUGACGACUAGUUUGAAUCCAACAGGAACUAGGGUGGAUAGGGAAGGUGACAGAGGAGUCGCGGAGGAAGCCAUUGGCGAAGAGAAGGGGAAGGAAGAGGACGAGAUCGAGAGCUUCAUGGGCGCAGAGAGAGAAGGAUCCCCCUUUUUCUUCGGCCAAGGGAAACCCUAAAAGGGGAGAAAAGGGAAAGCUGCGGAAACCUAAAGGACUCCUUUUAUAAUAUGAAGGAGUGGGAUGUCAACGUGAGCGGACUCCCUUUAUAAUAUGAAGGAGUGGGAUGUCACAUUUACAGUAAAGAAAGUGUCAUGUUGUCAUAUCUGGGGUUAUGUCAACUAUGUCUUGUACUGUAGAAGAUCGUAUGGGAUCACACUAUGUCAACCAUGUUGUUCCACGUGUCAUGUCAGCUCUUGUGUUGUACCACGUGUUAUUGAACAACUAAGUAAUUGAGUCGGAGGGAGAAGCUUCGGAUCAGUGGAGCCAAAUGGAUGAAGAUUGACGGUUCGAUCGAUGGGACCGAAUGAUGAGGAGCUGAGCUGUAGAAGUUGGCCAAGUCGAGUUCCUGGUAUAGGGACAUGCUGAACUGAAGGAGUCGAGGAAUCCAAGCUUGAGGAGUCAGAAAAAAUUGAGUUGAAUCCUCGGAUGUCGUAGUUGAGCGUACUGUAGGAGUUAGCAAAGCUAAGCCCCGAAUGCCAAAGUCGAGUAGACUAAACUUGGGGAGUCGGGGGUCAUUGACUUCCACCUUUGCUUGACCACCGUGGUGGAAAGCAGAAACUAUCAUAUUUGGGGAUCAAACAUGUAUGGGGAUGACUGUCGAGGCGACAGAUGAGGCUGCUCCGCUGAGGAAGGACAAUAGCCCGGUGGCACUUCCGGGCUCUUGCUUGUCGAGGAACCUCCUAGAUGCAGAAGGCCCUGUGGACGGUGACUAUAUCGGCGCCAAUCACGAGGGCGGAGACGAUGACGGAUCCAACAGAGGUGAGGAAGAUGACGAGACCCGAGAGGAGGAGGGAGAAAGGGUUGGUGACAAGUGAAAUGGCAAGGACAACAACGUUCACCGUGGCGUAAUUGACGCGGAAGAGGCCAAGUUCUUGCGGAUGCGGGAAGUGGCCUCGGAGAAGAACUCCGGGCAAGAGAAGGUGGAGCAAUCGGUGAGCUCGGACCAGGGGUGACGGACGGAGUUGUUGAGGCAUGAAAGGAAGACACGAAAGGUAGGGGUGACGACUAGUUUGAAUCCAACAGGAACUAGGGUGGAUAGGGAAGGUGACAGAGGAGUUGCGGAGGAAGCCAUUGGCGAAGGGAAGGGGAAGGAAGAGGACGAGAUCGAGAGCUUCAUGGGCGC